AUGGAAAUCUGGACCCUUUACUUCGCGCUGUGGACCGCCAGUGCCUGGCCGACGGAGCCUCUGCACUACCCGCACUACCACGGGCGGCAGGUCUUCAUUCUCAAUGGCUCCUGGGCCUUUGCCUUCCUCGGCCAGCAGGACCCUGCUGCCUGGCCACUGCCCGAGCCGGAUGCUUGGGAGCUCGUGGAAGUCCCCGACGCCUUCGACCUGCGGCCGAACGAUCCGAACUGCGAUUGUUGGCCGGCACGGGAGCAGUGCGAAAGGUGCUGCGAUCGAAGUUUGGGCCAUCGGGGCGACCCCGAGUGCUGGGGCGAUCGGAGGUAUCUGGAUGGCGUCUGGAUUUACGAGCAAGGUCAACACUGGCAAGGCUUUGAGGCCUGCUGCAGACCAGACCCUCUGCGACUGCGCCGUGGCACGGCGCUGUACCAAACGGAGGUCGAGGCCGCGCCGAACACAGCUGCCAUCCUGCAUUUCGCCGCCUGCACCAACCGCUGCCUCGUCCGCGUGGACGGUGAGCUCCUUGCGGACCACGCUGGCCUCUCGCCGUUUGAGGUGGAGGUGCUUCCCAGCGUCGAGGGGCGGCGGAGGAUCCUGGUUAUUGCAGACAACAGCUUCAACAUGACAACCCACCCGGCCACCUGA